AGUCGUCCCUGGUAUAUCCUAGUGAUGCAAUCCUCAAGGCUGAAUAUCCUACGAUGCAAAAAUAAGCUGCCUGACCUUCCCCAUGUCUGAGUCGCCGCGCAACAUUUCACAACCUCACAUGGCCUCAAACUACUUCGUUGGCCCAUUUUUCCUCCCUGAAACCUAAGUCAAAACACGGUCUACCAGGGUCUUCCUUAAACUGGAGGCAUAUGUCGACGUCGUCGGGUCCUCGUCCACCCAGGUUCGUCAAUGCUAGAGACAUCUAUAAACAGAGAAAUCGGACACUUAUGAUGUACACAUCCGCUGUGAUAGUACUCGCAGUAGGCGUAACCUACGCGGCUGUCCCCCUCUAUCGCAUGUUCUGCGCCGCUACCGGUUUUGCCGGUACUCCUGUUGUCGGCACGGGAAAAUUUGAGCCUGAGCGCCUAGUUCCGGUCGACAACGCUAAGCGCAUCAAGGUGCACUUCAACGCAAAUAGGUCUGAACAACUGCCUUGGAAGUUUACACCGCAACAAAAGUAUGUGAGCGUAUUGCCUGGAGAGACAAGUUUGGCAUUCUACAAGGCGAGAAAUGAGAGCAAGGAGGACGUGAUUGGUAUUGCGACGUAUAAUGUUACACCGGAUAGGAUUGCGCCAUACUUUGCCAAAGUAGAAUGCUUUUGUUUCGAAGAGCAAAAGCUUCUAGCAGGUGAAGAGGUGGACAUGCCCCUUUUAUUCUUCAUCGACAAGGAUGUCCUGGAUGACCCUGCCUGCCGAAACUUGGAUGAUGUUGUUCUGUCAUAUACGUUCUUCCGUGCAAGGAGGAACUCACGAGGUCACCUCGAGCCUGACGCCCCGGAGGAUGUUGUGCAGGCCUCACAAGGCUUUGGAGACUACGAGCACGCGCCGAAGGCUGAAGACCGUGCCGACGAGAAGAAUAGGUCGUCGUGAUCAUAGUUGUUGAGUGUUAUCGUGACGAAUACCAGCAAACCAUCACUCAGUCUUGUUGCGGGCUCAGCAUUUCGGAAAGAAUCUUACGAUACUGAAGAUAGCGUUGUUCCAGCCUGAACCAUCGCUGCACUCGGUUUAUCUCUUGAUACAGUACAAUGUCUCAUAAUGCAUAAUUC